CCGCACCUUUCAGACAUCUUGCGUUAUUUUUUCUGUAGCGAAGCUCCGCAGCAGCAGAGCCAGGGCUCCGUACAGCAGGGCGGCACGGCCAUCAACCCACACAGCCCGCGGUAAACACCCGCCCGCCCCUCCUACACCCUCCGCCCCGCGAUCGGGCGGCUCGAGCUGCUGGCCCGGAGCUCGCCACUCGCUGCGUGCGUCACCACCGUCCAGAUCCCCGGGCUUACCGACGCCGCCGCCGCUGCUGUUAUUAUUGUUGUGUCCGUUUUUCUCCGGCGAGCAGCGGAGCAUGGCGACCCCCGCCGCGGUGAACCCCUCCGAGAUGGGCACAGAUCUACCCGGGCCUGUGACCAUGGCAGGAGCUGUGGCAGGACAGGUCAGAAUGGCGGGCACUAUGCCAGGACGAGGGGGCAAGAGGAGAUCAUCUGGGAUGGACUUUGACGAUGAAGAUGGAGAGGGACCAAGCAAAUUUUCAAGGUAUGACGAUGAUCAAAUUCCCGCUGAUAAGGAGCGCUAUGCCAGAGAGAACCACAGUGAGAUAGAGCGACGCAGGCGCAACAAGAUGACGCAGUACAUCACAGAGCUGUCGGAUAUGGUGCCCACCUGCAGCGCGCUGGCCAGAAAACCAGACAAGCUGACCAUCCUGCGCAUGGCCGUGUCGCACAUGAAGUCCAUGAGGGGGACGGGGAACACGUCAACGGAUGGAGCCUACAAACCCUCCUUCCUCACCGAGCAGGAACUGAAGCACCUGAUCCUGGAGGCGGCUGACGGCUUCCUGUUCGUGGUGGCGGCGGAGACGGGCCGGGUGAUCUACGUCUCGGACUCGGUGACGCCCGUCCUGAACCACCCGCAGUCCGAGUGGUUCGGCAGCACCCUGUACGAGCAGGUCCACCCGGACGACGUGGACAAACUGCGGGAGCAGCUCAGCACCUCCGAGAACUCUAUGACUGGUCGAAUCCUGGAUCUGAAGACGGGGACGGUGAAGAAGGAGGGGCAGCAGUCCUCUAUGAGGAUGUGUAUGGGCUCCAGGCGCUCCUUCAUUUGCAGAAUGAGGUGCGGCAGUGCUCCACUGGAUCACAUCUCCCUCAACCGCCUGUCCAACAUGAGGAAGAGAUACAGGAACGGUCUGGGCCCGUCUAAAGAAGGAGAAGCGCAGUAUUCUGUGGUGCACUGCACUGGAUACAUCAAGGCUUGGCCACCAGCAGGAAUGACGAUCCCCGAGGAGGACACCGAAGCCGGGCAGACCAGCAAAUACUGCCUGGUGGCCAUUGGAAGACUGCAGGUGACCAGUUCUCCAGUUUCAAUGGACAUGAAUGGGCUCUCAGUGCCGACAGAAUUUCUGUCCCGCCACAACUCGGAUGGCAUCAUCACCUUUGUGGACCCCCGCUGCAUCAACGUGAUUGGCUACCAGCCUCAGGACCUGCUUGGUAAAGACAUUCUGGAGUUCUGCCAUCCUGAGGAUCAAAGCCACCUGAGAGAAAGCUUCCAGCAGGUGGUGAAGCUGAAAGGUCAGGUGCUGUCAGUGAUGUAUCGGUUCCGGAUGAAGAACCGCGAGUGGAUGCUGAUCAGAACCAGCAGCUUCACCUUCCAGAACCCGUAUUCUGACGAGAUCGAGUACAUCAUCUGCACCAACACCAACGUCAAGCAGCUUCAGCAGCAGCAGCAGGCGGAGCUGGAGGUGCAUCAGAGGGACGGACUGACAGCAUAUGAUUUGUCACAGCAGGUACCAGUGGGCGGCGUGCCAGGUGGCGUCCAUGAGGCCAGCAAGACCAUCGACAAGACGGAGACCCUUUUCUCUCAGGAGAGAGACCCGCGCUUCAGCGACAUGUACACAGGCAUCUCCGGCUCUGAUAAGAAGAUGAUGGUACCCUCAUCCACUGCUGGGGGUCAGCAGCUAUAUUCCCAGGGCAGUCCUUUCCAACCCGGCCAUUCAGGCAAAAGUUUCAGCUCAUCAGUGAUCCACGUUCCCGGAGUGAAUGAUAUCCAGUCCUCAGCCGGAACAGCUGGUCAGAACCUGGCCCAGAUCUCCAGACAGCUUAACCCAGGUCAGGUGUCCUGGACAGGCAGCAGACCACCCUUCUCCGGACAGCAGCAGCUCCCAGCUCAGUCCAGCAAAGCCCAGUCGUCUCCCUUCGGCAUCGGCUCCAGCCACAGCUAUCAGGCCGACCCGUCCUCAUACAGCCCACUGUCCAGCCCAGCCACUUCCUCCCCCAGCGGCAACGCCUACUCCAACCUGGCCAAUCGCAGCACUGCUUUCGAUGUGUCCGGGGAGAGCAGUCAGAGUGGUGGUCAGUUCCAGGGCCGGCCGUCUGAAGUGUGGUCUCAGUGGCAGAGUCAGCAUCACAGCCAGCAAACCGGAGAACAGCACACACACACCCAGCCCAGCCAAUCCGAGGUGUUCCAGGAUAUGCUGCCCAUGGCUGGUGACCCCACCCAGGGAACGGCCAACUACAACAUCGAGGACUUCGCCGACCUCGGCAUGUUCCCGCCGUUUUCCGAGUAAACUGGCUUGGAUCUUUUUUUUUUUUUUUUUUUUUUGAAGGGUGAUCUGUUUUUUUUUUUUUUUUUUUCUUCCACAAUACUGCAGUAUUGUCGUCGUUAUGAUCUUCAUUGAUUCCCCCGCCAUCAUCAUGAGCAGCAUCAUCAUCAGCAUCAUCAUCAGUAUCAUCAUCAGUAUCAUCAGUUGCACUCAAUGCACAUCGGCAGUCCUGCAUAGAUGUUUGGAAUGCACACAGUUCGUACUUUGGACCUUGUUGACUGGUUAUCCACCACACACACACACACACACACACACACACACACACACACUCUUUCUCCCAUAUCCAAACAGUCCUUCUGUCAGGGCUGGUUUUGCACAGAUAGGUGAGUAUCCUGCGAGAGGAUACGACGUGGACUGUCUGUUUCGACACGUUACCGUGUUUUUCCCGGAACGAGAAGAGAUGUUUAAUGGUUCAGCAUGUGUGAGUGUGUGCGGACCCCCCCAACCCCCCUCCUCGACUCACUAACUGACGGAGGAACCUCGUUGAGAACUCCGAGAACUGACCUGCCGAGAUCAUUGCACCAGCAUAACCCGAUGCAGCAUUUCGCUUACUGUGAAAAGUAUAGUCUAUGUAGUGAUGUCCAUAAUGAUAUUAGCUAAUGAACUAAUAAUACUAGUGGUAGAUUGAUAUAUAUAUAUAUGUAUAUAUAUAUAUAAACAUAUGAAAAAAAAAAGUGUUAUGUUGAAUUUUUGAUUUUCACACAUUUUUGUUCGUUUUUUUUUUUUUUUUUUUUUUUUUGGCGAACCGUUCAGGCUUCAAGUGCUCUUCAUUAACAAAAGCUAAGCUAUCAUCACCAGCCUCGUGGCAGCAGCAUUGGCAGCAGCAGUGAAGGGGUAGAGCAUUGCGGUGUGUGAUCUGUUGAUCUGUCAUAGACUUUGUAAUCCUUUGAAUUCUAUUUUUUUGUUUUUUUGGAACUAACGACGAGGACUUUUGAGGUCUAGAUCUUUUACACGAUUAAGAAACGGUGUAUCGAAAUGAAGGACUGAUAGGAAAACUUAAAGACUUAAAACGAAUGAAGAAAAACCCCUUUUUGCUAAAUCGACGUGGAUGUUUUAAUGUAAAUAAUGUGAUUUUUAUGUGGGAUGGUGUGUUUCGUCGUCGUCGUCUUCUUCUUCUUCUUCUUGUUUUCACCUCCGCCGCGACAUGCGUCCUUGUGUAGGUUUAAUAUCGUCCAUGGUGUGCAAUGUGGGUACGUAUUUAACUCUGGGUAUUUAGUUAGCCUGUUAACUGUACGAUGAGUUUAGACUUGUAUAAAUCGUGUACGUGUGUUCCAUUAUUUUUGUGAUGACAGACAGUGCUCGUGACAAUAAACUCUCAUCCAAUCAAACGGA